UUUUUGUGUGUCAUAUACGUCUUUGAUGACACGUGAAGCGUAAAGUAUUCUCUAAAAAUUUCUAAUUAUAACAGAAAUAAAUUGUAUUUUAUAUCAAAAUGUCGCAGAAAAAAGAGUACUUAUGAUUUGUUUAGGCAAUAUUUGUCGUUCGCCAAUAGCAGAAGCUGUGUUUGCAAAUGAAAUGAGUAAAAGAGGUUUGAAGAAUCAAUGGGAAGUAGAAAGCGCUGCUAUUAUAAACUAUCAUACAGGUAAAGUGCCAGAUCAUAGAGCUUUGGCCACACUAAAGGAUAAUGGAAUCACUAAUUAUUCUCACAGAGCACGCCAAAUUACAAAAGAAGACUUUAAUCAAUUUGAUUGGAUAUUUGGGAUGGAUAAUGAUAACAUUCAAGAUUUAAAUGGUUUAAAGUCAACGAUAAAGCCAAUGGAAUGCCGAGCAAAAGUGGAGCUUCUAGGAAGUUAUGAUCCUAGUGGAGAAGUCAUAAUACGAGACCCAUAUUAUGAUGCUGGUAGUGCAGGAUUUCAGAAAGCUUAUGAGCAAUGCCUGAGAAGUGUAACAGCAUUUUUGAAUAAAUAUGCAAAUUAAUACAAAAAGUAAA